AAUUUUGGGGAGGGGUAAAAAUAAGCAAGUCACAGUCCAGGGAUUCACUAGGGUAUAAUAAUGAAUCUGGUUUUAAUUAAUAAUUAAAUGAAAACAUUACGUCCGUCUCAGAACUUUUUGACUCUAAUUCUAAAAUUCAAAUAACCCCCAGCGACAAAGACGGCAGGCUCUCCACUGUCACUGUCACUUUAGGAAUGAACGUGAGAAGUGCACUUGUUCACACAGACUCCAGUGAAGGUGGUUCCACUUUAAACACCUAAACGCAGCAAUUAGGCGGUGAAGAAAACCAGAGGGGCGAGUCUCUCUGUCACUGCGCCUGUGUCACUCUCACAGCCGCGGAGUGAAGACACGCAACACUCAGACCAACACGAACACUCGCCUCUGUCUCGGUCCGGACCCAGGAAACGACUCCGAUGUUCGGCGUGGGUUCGUGGAACAACAUGCAGAGUCCUGAAUGGAACCUGUUGCGGUGCCUCCUCUGCUGUGACGCGUCACUGCUGUUGCGUUGGAGUCCGUGAAUAAUGUCUGCAGGAAGACCGGCUCAGAGUUGUCUUCUCGUUUUCUCCCGAUUCGAAACAAGAUGCAUCUUUUCCGGAGUCAUUGCUACCAAGUGUUCCCGAACCGCUACCUGGACACACCGACCAUCCGAGGAGUCAGCUGGACUCCUCUGCCAGAAGCCCUGGAGUCUAAGGACACCAUGAAGCAGUUUCUUUCAGAUCGUAUCGAGAAGGCAGCUAGGUCCGUCUACAACGUCAUGAUUGAGAGAAACCCCGGGCUAAUCCGAGACAGGAAGUACCACCUCAAGACACACAGGCAGUGUAGUUCUGGUAAAGAACUCGUGGAUUGGCUGAUGAAGCAGAACGAAUGUCUUCAGUCAAGAAGUCAAGCAGUCGGGAUCUGGCAGGUGUUGGUGGACGAAGGAAUUCUCAUUCACGUUAAACACGAGUUGAACUUCCUAGACAAGGACACACAGUUCUACCGCUUCAAAAACACAGAGUUCGGCCUGCAUCACAUAACGGACGACAGGGACUCGGAGGACGAGCUGCAUGAAGGUCUGUCCCUGUUGUCCCAGCUGGGUCCUGACGCUCUGCUCACUAUGAUCCUUCGCAAAUGUCCGAGUCAGAGAAGUGCCGAGGAGCUGGAGGUGAUCUUUGAGGAGCUGCUCCACGUCAAGGCCGCUGCUCAUCUCUCUGCAUCAGUGCGUAAGGAGCUGGCAGCAGUGCUGGUCUUUGAGUCACAUGCUAAGGCCGGAACAGUCUUGUUCAGUCAGGGGGACAAAGGCACGUCAUGGUAUAUUAUUUGGAAAGGCUCGGUCAACGUGAUCACACAUGGGAAGGGACUGGUCACCACGCUACAUGAAGGUGAGGACUUUGGUCAGCUAGCUUUGCUGAACGACGCUCCACGCGCUGCCACCAUUAUCUUGAGAGAAGACAACUGCCACUUCCUUCGCGUUGAUAAACAGGACUUUAUACGAAUCCUCAAGGAUGUGGAGGCUAAUACAGUUCGACUGGAGGAGCAUGGAAAAACAGUGCUGGUGUUGGAGAAGAGCGCCACCUCUGUUGAACCAGGUGGAGCAGGAAACAACAGCAGCAAGUACACGGUCAUGUCCGGGACACCUGAGAAACUGCUGGAGCACUUACUGGACACAGUCAAGCUGGAUGCUAACGGAAACGAUGCUCUGGAGCCCUGUGUGAGCGACUUCCUACUCACCCACAUGGUGUUCAUGCCCUCCAGUCAGCUGUGUCCUGCUCUGCUGCACCACUACCAGGCACAGCUCUCCGAGGGCUCGGACCAGGAGAAGGCUGCUUAUGUUCUCAACGCCAAGCAGAAGGUAGUGAAGUUUAUCAGCCAGUGGGUGGUGCUGUAUGGCCUUUUGCUGAAAGACGACCCGACUGCCUUGGACUUUUUGGAGAGGAUGAAGAAGGAGGUGGCGACAGACGCCCGUCUCUUCAACCUGCUGUAAGAACAAUUUAGGGAAAGCAGGAGGACGAAAGUAAGUAUUUUGAUGGAGAAUGGAUAUCACUCACUGAACAGGAACCAGCCGUUUGAUUGGUUUUCCAGUGUUGAAGAGCCUGUGGGGAGAUUACAACCAAUCAGAACGUGUGAUAAAGUGCUGUACGAGAUCUACAGGCCAGACAACAAACCUUUCACCCUGAUGCUGCCAGUCAACGCGUCUGUACACGAUGUGAUGUCAGCGAUAGUCAAACCAGUCGGAGAUCACGUUCUGGUCAAGAUGAACUCAUCAGGAGAGAGAGCUCAGUUGAAGCUGGACGCUACGGCUGUCUACACCGCUCUGGGACUCAACGAAAAACUCUUCAUCUGCACAAGCAGUCAAGUAGAGCAGCUGGUUCCUAUGGUCGAGCAGCAGGGUCCGGAGCGAGGGACGGCUGACAUCCUUGAACUGAUGAGCUCUAAAGACCUUGCCUACGAACUUACAAAUUACGACUGGGAGCUGUUCACAGCUGUGCAUGAAGUGGAGCUGGUCUACUACAUAUUUGGCCGCCAAAAGUUCCACGGGGCCACCACAGCUAACCUGGAAAGGUUUGUGCGUCGUUUUAACGAGGUGCAGUACUGGGUGUUGACCGAGGUGUGCCUCUGUGAGGACGUGGUGAAACGAGCGAGCCUGCUCAAGAAGUUCAUCAAGAUCGCUGCAGUCUUGAAGGAGCAGAAAAAUCUUAAUUCAUUCUUUGCUGUGAUGUUUGCUCUGAGCAACAGUGCAGUGCAGAGACUUUACAAGACCUGGGAGAGAAUACCCAGCAAGACGAAAAGGAUUUACUGUGCUUAUGAGAGACUGAUGGAUCCUUCUCGUAACCACAGAGCCUACAGACUGACUGUGGCCAAACUCAGCCCCCCCUACAUCCCCCUCAUGCCUCUGCUGCUAAAAGACAUGACAUUUAUCCACGAGGGAAACUCAAACUACGUGGAAAAAUUGGUCAAUUUUGAGAAGAUGAGAAUGAUGGCCAAGACGGUGAAGAUCGUACGGGGUUGCAGGAGCCAGCCAUAUGUGCCGUCGUCACCACAGAGAGGUCUGGCAGAUCGGAUGUUCCUGGAUGGACCUGCUAACCGUUUAUCAACAUACUCUGACCACGUGUUCCCCUUGCGGAGUGUCACCAGCGUCAGACAAUACAUCCAGAACCUGAGGGUGAUCGACAACCAGCGCAAGUUGACGCAGCUCUCAAGACUCUUGGAAUGUUAGGACCUCAGAUGUGCAGAGACUGUGGAAGUGUAGCACACAUCUGUAUGAAGGAGCUGGAAGGGUUUUUUUUAUAUAUCGAAUUUGCACCUUUAUCUCCAUCUAGUGGACACGAGCAAUGUCGACCGCCAAGGAAACUUCAGAAGCACGGACAUCAAUGGUGUAGUGGACUUGUGCAGGAGUCAAACGUCCUCCACACAACACUCCAAAAUCUCUGCUGUCAAAAAUCACCUUAGGUCAGGUGUUUGUGCACUAAUAUUGUCACUUUUUUGUGCAAAUGAUGUCAUUAUGUAAAUUCAUAACUUGUCAUUUUAUAAAUAAAUUAUUUUCUCAGU